CAUUUAGUUUCUGCCUGGACGGUGUUCUGCAUCGCUGCCCCCACACUGAGGCUUGACGAGUGACGGCCCCGACGUCCUUCCUCGCGCGUCGUCAUUUAGUGCAUGGCCACGGACAACCUUUCUAGGUAUCAGCAGCAGGCGGCGUCGCUCAGCUCAGGCGGAUUCAGGGACAGCACCAUGACGUUCUCCGCGGGGGACGACGACCUGCUGGACCGCUCCAGCAAGGGGUAUCUACGCGGGCACGAGCGCCUCUACGAUGCGUACAAUGAGCUGCACACUUUGGCGCAAAGCUUCAACAAGCCGUUCGACGCGCCGGCGAUCCUUGUCGUGGGGCACCAGACCGACGGAAAGUCAGCUCUGGUUGAGGGCCUGAUGGGCUUCCAGUUCAACUCAGUGGGCGGUGGCACUAAGACGCGCAGGCCCAUUGCCAUCAACAUGAAGUACAACGGUGCCUGCUCCACGCCGGCCUGCUUCCUGAAGCUGGAGGACGGCGUGUCGGAGCAGGAGAUGUCGCUGGCGGAGCUGCAGGCCUACAUUGACGCGGACAAUGCAGCACUGGAGCGAGAGCAGCGCUUCGCCGCCAAGGAGAUUGUGGUGCGCAUGGAGUACAAGCACUGCCCCAACCUCACCAUCAUUGACACGCCGGGCCUCAUCUCGCCGGCACCGGGCAAGAAGAAUUGCGCGCUGCAGAACUGUGCGGCGCAGGUGGAGGAGAUUGUGCGCGCCAAGGCACAGGUGCCGGAGUACGUCAUCCUAUGUCUGGAGGACUGCAGCGACUGGUCCAACGCCACCACCCGCCGGCUGGUCAUGCAGGUUGACCCCAACCUGGUCCGCACGGUGCUGGUGAGCACCAAGUUCGACACACGCAUCCCGCAGUUCGCGCGCGCCGCCGACUGCGAGAUGUUCCUGCGGCCCUCGGCGCUGGACAGCAUGGGCAUGCUGGGAGACGGCCCCUUCUUCACGUCGGUGCCUUCGGGCCGUGUGGGCUCCGGCGCCGACUGCGUGUUUCCCUCCCACGACGUCUUCCGCGAGCGGCUGGCCGACCGCGAGGCCACCGACGUCGCCGAGCUGGAGUCCAAGCUGGCGCGCAAGCUGAGCCGCGGCGAGCGGGACCACAUCGGGGUGGGCGCCCUGCGCCGCUACCUGGAACAGCUGCUGCAGAAGCGCUACUUGGACGCGGUGCCCUCCAUUGUGCCGCUGCUGGAGGCGGAGCAGCGCGCCACCGCGGCCCGCAUCGAGGCGGUGCGUCGCGACCUGGCCGGGCUCAACCCCGAGGAGCUCAAGGACAAGGGCCGCGCCUUUGUGGACGCCUUCCUGAACCGCCUGCAACAACUGCUGCGCGGCACCAUCACCGCGCCCGCCGACAAGUGGGGCGAGACGCUGGCGGAUGAGCAUGCCCGCGGAGGCUCGUUCGUGAGCGGCAGCCGCGCGCUGGCGGGCGCGCACGAGGCGGUGCCCAACGCCGCCAUGCGGCUGUACGGCGGCGCGCAGUUCCACCGGGCCAUGAGCGAGUUCCGGCUGGUGGUGGGCGGGCUGGCCUGCCCCGAGCUGAGCCACGAGGAGAUCGUGAACGCCUGCGGCCUGGACUACGAGGGCGGGCACGAUGGGGUCAACUACGUGCGCACGGCGUGUGUGAUUGCGGUCAGCAAGGCCAAAGAGCUGCUGGAACCCUUCAUCCACCAGCUGGGCUCCCGCCUGGCGCACGUGCUGCGGCGCCUGCUGCACAUCAGCCUGGCGCUCAUGCAGCAGGGCGACUCGGGCCUGGCGGGCGGCUGCGGCAGCAGCGGCUCGGCGCACGCGGCGGCCGCGCUGACGGACCAGUUCGUGCGCCGCGUGAGCAGCGCCUUCCACGCCUUCCUGGCGCACGUUGAGGACAGCUGCAAGGAGCGGUGCCUGGAGGACCUGGCCUCCACCACCCGCUACGUCAGCUGGAGCCUGCACACGCGCAACAGCAGGAGCCUCAAGCAGCUGCUGGGCAGGGUGCGCGUGACCAACAACGACAGCAGCAGCGGCAGCCACCCCAUCAUCACCACCGGCUCGGCGCCCGGCGGCAUCAACGGCGGCAAGGCCGGCGGCGCCAUGGCCGGCGGCGCCACGGGCCUCAGCCGCGAGCCGUCCAUGACGGGCGGCGUGGGCGGCGGCCAGGCCGGCAGCCUCAGCCUGCCCGACAUGCUGGAGGCCACACUGUGGAACAGGAACCUGACGGGCGUGAGCGAGGACAUCGUGCGGGCGCUGGUGCUGCAGAUGUUCGAGGGCAUUCGCGACCACCUGGUGCAGGCCGCCGAGCUCAAGUUCAACUGCUUCUUCCUGAUGCCGCUGGUGGACAGCUUCCCGGCGCGCCUGCGCAAGGACAUCGAGUGCGCCUACGAGGAGGGCCUGGACGAGGUGUUUGACGCCGCCGCAAUGCGCACCGCUCUGGAGGCGCGCCAGGCGGAGCUGCAGGAGGAGCUGCGCCGGGUGGAGCGGCUGCAGCGCAAGUUCCACGGCAUCCACUCCACACUGGUGCACGGCCCCAGCCUGGCCUCCGGCCCCACCAGCCGCGCCAUCACCGACCUGGACGCCAGCCUCAUGGUGUCGGUGGCGGCGUCGCCGCUGGCGGCAGCGCUGGCGGGCGGCGGCGCGCAGGGCCUAACUAGUCCCGACAUGGGUGGCAUGCGGCCUAUCGGCAGUCGACUGGCGGCUGCGGCUGCCGCACGCACUCCGGACAUGGCGACUGGCAAGUCCGCCAUGGGUGUUUCGCCUGCCGCGCUGUCGGCGGGCCGCAAAGCGAUGCCGUCUGCGGCGGGCGCGGCCGCCAUAGCCGCCGGCGCCUCACUACGGCAGAUGACGCAGGCGGCACCUGCAGGUGUGGAGCGCGACCGUGGUGAGCGCGAUGCGAAGGACAAGGCUGCUGUCGGCGGCUCGGGCGUGGCAGACAAGGUGGCAGCGGUGCAGCAGCUGCAGCAGCAGCAGGCCAUGGCGGGGCGGUGAAGUGGAAGCCGCUUGAGAGCGCUGCAGCGGCAAAGGCUGGUGAGUUAUUGAUAUGGGUUGUGCGGCAGAGCACAGGCACAUAGGUUCUGCGUUGAGAGAAGCCGCAACUACACAGCAACCCGGUGUAAGUGCUCACGUUGAGCAGGUUUUUAACGCACCAGGCAGGUGCGUGGUAUGUGAGUCGGGUAGCUUGUGACUGGUGAGAUUGCUGUGAGGCUUGGAGCAGGCGAACUUGGAGGUUGGCAUGCCAACCAACGCCCUCAGAAGAGGUAUGCGCAAUGCUGCACGUUCAUUGGUCCGGUCCAAAUAUUGACACCAAAGACAGUGAGUUACUAUAAUUUUGUUCGGUCACGUCGCAACAACCGUGAUGCUGGUUGGUUUUUGGGUCAAGGUGCUGCAACACAGUGCACCCCGUACGCAUAUUCAUGAAGAAUCUUCAUAUCUACAUCUGUCAUGAAGACGAACAUGUAAACAACAAGAACGGCUCAUCUGCUUGCGCACGCUCCAACCCUGCUACUUGUAUGCUAUCGUGCCACGUUCGGGUAGACUAGGCACACAGGCGAUCAUACGGUUCCGCAACGGGAAGGUGCCCCUGUGCGAUCGUGUCAGACCCCUC